AUCCUGUCUCGUGAAAAGACGUCUUGUACUCAGAAAGGAAUAUUAAUCAUCAGUGUUGUGACAUAUACAGUUACCUUAACAUUUGUUAUUAGGCACUAAAAACAAUCGCUGACGAUUUUUAGUGUAGUUUAAGAUGUCUACUCCAGCUAGAAGGCGACUCAUGCGAGAUUUUAAGCGGCUCCAGGAGGAUCCUCCAGCCGGCGUCAGUGGAGCUCCUUCAGAGAACAACAUCAUGGUGUGGAAUGCAGUUAUAUUUGGUCCAGAGGGAACACCUUUUGAAGAUGGUACCUUCAAACUCACAGUUGAGUUCACAGAGGAAUAUCCAAACAAGCCCCCAACUGUGCGGUUUGUCUCAAAGAUGUUUCAUCCAAAUGUGUAUGCUGAUGGCAGUAUCUGCCUAGAUAUUCUUCAGAAUCGGUGGAGUCCAACUUAUGAUGUUUCUUCUAUUCUGACAUCAAUUCAAUCCCUUCUAGAUGAGCCAAAUCCCAACAGCCCCGCAAACAGCCAGGCAGCACAAUUGUAUCAAGAAAACAAACGGGAAUAUGAGAAACGGGUGUCAGCGAUUGUAGAGCAGAGCUGGAGGGACAGUUGACCACAUUCUCUCUGAAAUGUUGUUUUCCUUUUGUUUGGCUGUUGUUGGGGGAUAGUUUUUCAGAUCUCCUUUUUUAAGUUUUCAUGCACUUUACUCAUUCAAGAUUGUGAUUUUUGUUUUAUUUCUCAACCACAUUUUUGCCCGGACUGAUUGUCGACCCUCAUUAAGAUCAGUGAAAGGGGUUAAUAUCCCUGGUGAAUAACGCUUGACUAAUUGUGCAUAUGGCAUGAACAUGCAGUGAUUGUUCUUUUUUGCUAAUUGCAUAAGCAUCUAUAAAAAAAGGCAUUAUGGUUGAGUCAAUCAAGGCAGUCUAAUCUGGAUUCAUGACUCACUGAGAGACACAAGUCAGUAGUGUUAAUGAAAAUGUUUUUGGUGCUUUGUCAAUUUUAAUAUCAUGGUCUCACUCAAAAAGCAGUUAAAAGUGUACUUUUAAUUUCGGUUUUGCUUCCAUUCUUCUGGAUUAGCAUUCGUUAUGCUGGUUUAGUCAUGACUCUGCCAGAGGAGGGUUGGCAUGCUACCACGAUUAGUGCUAGUACGCACUGAAAACACAUAUAAGAUGUUGGUAGACAGGCGUGAGGGUUUAUAUAAAUUAUCAAAUUAUGUUGAAAGAAAAAAUGGCAAUAUGGUUUGGAGUAUAAAAUAUAUAUUUACUGGUGGAAAAAAAAUGUGAGAUUUGCUGGAAUUACUCAAAGUUCAAAAAUAUCCUCCCAAAUCCUACAGAGAUGCACGUUAACUGCAGUCACUUAAUAUUUUUUCAUGGCUUGCAUCACUAUUCCAAUCAAUCACUUUUUCCAAGCCCCUGAUCUUUGCAGAUGUAUGCCCUGUUACAUGCAUGAAUGCCUGAGUGUGUCCUUGCCUCUAUUAAUCUCUUGUAUAUACAAAAACACAUCUGAAUUUUGUGUACAGAUUUUGCACUGGUAGGCUAUCUCAUUUUCCAGCACUUGUAAAAACUUAAUUAAAAGGUGAAACUAC